AUGCCUCGCACAUUCUUCGUUGGCGGCAACUUCAAGAUGAACGGUAAUGCCGAGAGCACUACCUCCAUCAUCAAGAACCUGAACUCUGCCGACCUUGACAAGUCCGCUGAGGUCGUCGUCUCCCCCCCUGCUCUCUACCUCCUCCAGGCCCGCGAAAUCGCCGACAAGAAGAUCGGUGUCGCCGCCCAGAACGUCUUCGACAAGCCCAACGGUGCUUUCACCGGUGAGAUCAGUGUUCAGCAGCUCCGCGAGGCCAGCAUCGACUGGACCAUCCUCGGACACAGCGAGCGCCGUGUCAUCCUCAAGGAGACUGACGAGUUCAUUGCCCGUAAGACCAAGGCCGCCAUUGAGGGUGGUCUGCAAGUGAUUUUCUGCAUCGGUGAGACGCUCGAGGAGCGUGAGGCCAACAAGACCAUUGAUGUCGUCACCCGUCAGCUCAACGCCGCUGCUAAGGAGCUCUCCAAGGAGCAGUGGUCCAAGGUUGUCAUUGCCUACGAGCCCGUCUGGGCUAUCGGAACCGGUAAGGUCGCUACGACCGAGCAGGCCCAGGAAGUCCACGCUGCCAUUCGCAAGUGGCUGAAGGAUGCCAUCUCCGCUGAGGCCGCCGAGAACACCCGAAUCAUUUACGGUGGCUCGGUCAGCGAGAAGAACUGCAAGGACCUCGCCAAGGAGGCUGAUAUCGAUGGCUUCCUUGUCGGUGGUGCCAGUCUCAAACCCGCCUUCGUUGACAUUGUCAACGCCCGUCUGUAA